CGCCAAUGGUAAUGUUGCGUUGUUACGAAGUUCGUGUCCUGUCGUACUUUUUUGUUACACAAUGCCCUGCCCAGGACCGUCUGUUUGCGCUUUCCUUGGGUACCUUACUGUAGUUGGCUAUCUACUGUGUAGAGAACGCUUGUGCAAAUCGUGGAGAGGGUGCGCGUCUAUAUAGAACUUUCUUUGAACUCGGAACUGCUGGUGCCAUGUCAGGCAGUAUGAAUUGCAAAUACUGCCGGGAGGACCUAAGUGGGAAGACGUAUGUCAAACAGGAGGACAAACCGGUCUGUGUCCGAUGCCACGACAAGUUCUGUGCCAACACCUGCACUGAGUGCCACCGCCCUAUCGGGGUCGACUCCAAGGAGUUGCAACAUAAGGGCCGUUAUUGGCACUCCGACUGCUUUCGCUGCUUCAAGUGCUACAAGCCGCUAGCCAAGGAGUCCUUCAGUGUUAAGGAUGAUCGCAUCAUGUGUGGGAAGUGCAGCUCCCGAGAGGACGCCCCUCGCUGUCACGCCUGCUACAAAGCCAUUCUAGCCGGCACAGAGAAUGUGGAGUACAAAGGCACCGUGUGGCAUGAGGACUGCUUCACCUGUUACAGCUGUAAAAGACCCAUCCGUUCCAAAAGCUUCUUGACCAAAGGCACAGACAUCUACUGUGUCCCUUGUCAUGAGAAGAAGUUUGCCAAGAUCUGUGUCGGCUGUAAGCAGGCCAUCACAUCUGGGGGAGUAAACUACCAGGAUCAGCCAUGGCACUCAGACUGUUUUGUCUGCAGCUCCUGCCGGAAGCCUCUGGCUGGGACACGCUUCACCUCCCAUGAGGAGAAGGCCUUCUGUGUGGACUGCUACAAAACUACUGUAGCCAAGAAAUGCAACGGCUGCCAGAAACCCAUCACAGGUUUUGGCAAAGCCACCAGUGUGGUAAACUACGAGGGCAGCUCCUGGCAUGAGUACUGCUUUAACUGCAAGAAGUGCUCCCUGAGCUUGGCUGACAAGCGCUUCGUGGCCAAGGGAGGGGAUUUCUUCUGCCCUGAAUGUGCCAAGAAGCUCUGAGGUGAACUUGGAACAGAAACAGAGGGCUUGCAAUGUCAGCUUGUCAGGCUGAAUUACAUAAAAAAAAUUCCCAGAAGGAACUUCAGUUGUGGCAGUUGGGAUAUAAUAAACAUUUAAACAGAAACAAACAAAAUAAUGUUUUAUGUAAGAUAAAUGUAUAUCACACAAAUCCAUUUUCAUUUAAACUCUUUACUGAUGCCAGUACAAAACUGUAGUAACUAUCUUGGUUUUAAGAGAUAAAGACUGGAAUCUGGCCUGUUGGAAUGUGAUGUUUUUAUGGAUUAUUAGCUGUUUGGUGGGGGUGUGCUUAAAAACAUUGUUUUACCUUUAACUUUACUGCUUUAGCAAGUGCUGCAAUUAUUUGGUAUGUAAACAGUAAGAUAUAUUGUAACAAUAAUCAAAUAUAUUUUUUAAGAUUGAGUUUAUAUUACAUAGGAUGUAUUUCGACCCAUGAGAGCAGUGGUAGUCAGUGUUAAGGAUAAUUUAGCUAAUAGCUGUGAUUGGUAAAUAUAAUAGCUGUAAUAAUUAUAAUAGCUGUGAUGGUUGAUUUUAAACUUUUUAGGUAUCAAUUACCGUGCUCAAUGGCCUCUCAACUCUAAAGAAUUCCAAAGAAAUGAACUGCAUGUUUGGUGUGUUGCAUUUGUGUGAAUCUAUAACCAGGAAUAAAAUAAUAUAUUCCAAGUGUCA